UUUUUUUUUCCCGCUGGUGCCCGCGGGCCCGAGCGCGAGCAGAGUGGGAGGAGGGAGCGAGGGUUCGCCCAGCGCCCUGCUGCCUCCCCGGCACUCGCUCUCCGGACUUGAAGGUCUGCAAACUGCUGCUCCUCCCACCCCGGCCCGCCUCCUCGCUCUCUUGCUCUCUCUCUGGAGUUGCUGUGCUAGCCUUGCGGUGCGUCCUGGCGAGUGCGGGCCGAGGGGCCCCGGGCCAGAACUGAGUAGAGGACUGGGGCGUCUCGGGCAGAGCGCAGCGGGCCAGGGAGUGGCCAUGAGUGGCGAGGCCACGGUGAAGCUCGUCUGCAGCAAGUGACCUCGGGUCGUGGACCGCUGCCCUGCCCCCUCCGCUGCCACCUGGGGCGGCGCGGGCCCGGUGCCCCGGAUCGCGCGUAGAGCCGGCGCGAUGCACGUGCGCUCGCUGCGCGCUGCGGCGCCACACAGCUUCGUGGCGCUCUGGGCGCCUCUGUUCUUGCUGCGCUCUGCCUUGGCCGACUUCAGCCUGGACAACGAGGUGCACUCCAGUUUCAUCCACCGGCGCCUCCGCAGUCAGGAGCGGCGGGAGAUGCAGCGGGAAAUCCUGUCCAUCUUGGGCUUGCCCCAUCGUCCGCGCCCGCACCUCCAGGGAAAACAUAAUUCGGCGCCCAUGUUCAUGUUGGACCUGUACAACGCCAUGGCGGUGGAGGAGAGUGGGCCGGACGGACAGGGCUUCUCCUACCCCUACAAGGCCGUCUUCAGUACCCAGGGUCCCCCUUUGGCCAGCCUGCAGGACAGCCACUUCCUCACCGACGCCGACAUGGUCAUGAGCUUCGUCAACCUAGUGGAGCACGACAAGGAAUUCUUCCACCCUCGAUACCACCAUCGAGAGUUCCGGUUUGAUCUUUCCAAGAUCCCCGAGGGAGAGGCGGUGACCGCAGCCGAGUUCAGGAUCUAUAAGGACUACAUCCGGGAGCGGUUUGACAACGAGACCUUCCAGAUCACAGUCUAUCAGGUGCUCCAGGAGCACUCAGGCAGGGAGUCCGACCUCUUCUUGCUGGACAGCCGUACCAUCUGGGCUUCUGAGGAGGGCUGGUUGGUAUUUGACAUCACAGCCACCAGCAACCACUGGGUGGUCAACCCUCGGCACAACCUGGGCUUACAGCUCUCCGUGGAGACCCUGGAUGGGCAGAGCAUCAACCCCAAGUUGGCAGGCCUGAUUGGACGGCAUGGACCCCAGAACAAGCAACCCUUCAUGGUGGCCUUCUUCAAGGCCACGGAGGUUCAUCUCCGUAGCAUCCGGUCCACGGGGGGCAAACAACGCAGCCAGAACCGCUCCAAGACUCCAAAGAACCAAGAGGCACUGAGGAUGGCCAGUGUGGCAGAAAACAGCAGCAGUGACCAGAGGCAGGCCUGCAAGAAACACGAGCUGUAUGUUAGCUUCCGAGACCUUGGCUGGCAGGACUGGAUCAUCGCACCUGAAGGCUAUGCUGCCUACUACUGUGAGGGAGAGUGUGCCUUCCCUCUGAACUCCUACAUGAACGCCACCAACCAUGCUAUCGUCCAGACACUGGUUCACUUCAUCAACCCAGACACCGUACCCAAGCCCUGCUGUGCCCCCACCCAGCUCAACGCGAUAUCUGUCCUCUACUUCGACGACAGCUCCAACGUCAUCCUGAAGAAGUACAGAAACAUGGUGGUCCGGGCCUGUGGCUGCCACUAGGUCUUCCUGAGACCCUGACCUUUUGGGACCGCAUUUUUUCCAGAUCCCCAAUGUCUCACCACCUAGGUCUCUCACUGCCCACCUUGGCGAGGAGCCAACAGACCAAGCACCUCUCCUGAGCCUUCCCCUCACCUCCCCAGCUGGAAGCGUGCAAGGCAUUAGAAACCUGAGCACACCGUGGUUGAUAAGCAGCAUACUUUCAUUCCGGCACAUUCCGCUUGAGAUCCUACACACUGCCUCUGGAAACGACUAGCAGGAAAAAUGUCUUCCAAGAAAGAAUCCGUUGGCCAUGUUGGUCCCUGGCGCUCGGAACCUUUGAGGGGUAAUUACAAGCACCUCCUUCGGCUGCAGCAGGAGGAAGGGCAUAACCAGGGUGGGCGCUUACGUCUGUGCUGAAGGAAAACCAAGCAGAAGUCCCUGUAAUAAAAUGUCACAAUAAAACCAAACCAUGACUGAAAAUGGUUAGGAUGUUACAGAUAUAUUUUCCCAAACAGUUUAUCCCCAUUUCUUGGUUUAUUCUGACUUCGUAAACAGAAGCCCGGGCUGUGGAGGAUGGAGAGGCCCUUCCUUUCCGUUCUAUUUCUUCCUGAGGCUGCAGGGCUGUGUGUGUGUGUUUACCCAGACCUGCCCAAAUCUGCCCUGUGGGGAGGGAAGGAGGAUGUCUGCUCAGAAGAGGUCGGUGAGGGAUGUGGCCUUAAGGGGUGUUGGGGUGAAGGUGGAGGGAGGCGUGU